GCCGGGUUGGUUAAAUGGUGGCUGUCUGAGGGACAUUGGGUGACUUUGUGCCUCUGUAGCAGGGGAGCCAGCAAGCUAGUUCAUUCAUUUUGACAGGUGCCCAUAUUGCUGAACCAUGGAGGCCCUUAUCCCUGUUAUAAACAAACUUCAAGACGUCUUCAAUACAGUUGGGGCGGAUAUUAUCCAGCUGCCGCAGAUUGCAGUAGUUGGAACACAGAGCAGCGGGAAGAGCUCGGUGCUGGAGAGCCUGGUGGGUCGCGACCUGCUCCCGCGGGGCACCGGCAUCGUCACGCGCCGCCCCCUCAUCCUGCAGCUCGUCCACGUGGACCCCGAGGACCGCAGGAAGACCAGCGAGGAGAACGACCCCAGCACAUGGAAAAAUGGGCGCCUUUAUAAAGGUGUGGAGGGAGAGGAGUGGGGCAAAUUCUUGCACACCAAAAACAAGAUCUACACAGACUUUGAUGAAAUCAGGCAAGAAAUCGAAACUGAAACUGAAAGAAUUUCUGGCAAUAACAAGGGUAUCAGCGAUGAGCCCAUUCACUUGAAGAUCUUCUCUCCUCAUGUGGUGAACCUCACACUGGUAGAUCUGCCAGGCAUCACAAAGGUCCCCGUGGGAGACCAGCCCAAAGACAUUGAGAUCCAGAUCAGGGAGCUGAUCCUGAAGUACAUCAGCAACCCCAACUGCAUCAUCCUGGCCGUUACUGCCGCCAACACGGACAUGGCCACCUCUGAAGCGCUCAAAGUGGCUCGAGAAGUGGACCCAGACGGGCGGAGAACUUUGGCUGUAGUGACCAAACUGGAUCUGAUGGAUGCUGGUACGGAUGCCAUGGACGUUCUGAUGGGCAGAGUGAUUCCUGUCAAGCUGGGCCUCAUCGGAGUGGUCAACAGGAGUCAGUUGGACAUAAAUAAUAAGAAGAGCGUGGCUGAUGCCAUUCGUGACGAACAUGCCUUCCUGCAGAAGAAAUAUCCCUCUCUGGCCAAUAGGAAUGGAACGAAAUAUCUGGCGAGGACAUUGAACAGGCUGCUAAUGCACCACAUCCGGGACUGCCUGCCGGAGCUGAAGACGCGCAUCAACGUGCUGGCGGCGCAGUACCAGUCCCUGCUGAGCAGCUACGGCGAGCCCGUGGAGGACAAGAGCGCCACCCUGCUGCAGCUCAUCACCAAGUUCGCCGCCGAGUACUGCAACACCAUCGAGGGCACCGCCAAGUACAUCGAGACCGCAGAGCUAUGUGGUGGAGCCCGAAUUUGUUACAUAUUCCAUGAGACAUUUGGGCGAACGCUAGAAUCUGUUGAUCCACUGGGUGGACUCACCACCAUAGAUGUGCUGACUGCUAUCAGGAACGCCACGGGCCCACGUCCCGCGCUCUUCGUGCCAGAGGUGUCCUUCGAGCUGCUAGUGAAGAGGCAGGUGAAGCGGCUGGAGGAGCCCAGCUUGCGCUGUGUGGAGCUGGUGCACGAGGAGAUGCAGAGGAUCAUCCAGCACUGCAGCAACUACAGCACACAGGAGCUGCUGAGAUUCCCAAAGCUACAUGAUGCCAUUGUAGAAGUGGUGACCUCCCUUCUCAGGAAACGACUGCCAGUCACCAAUGAGAUGGUGCACAACCUGGUGGCGAUCGAGCUGGCCUACAUCAACACCAAACACCCAGACUUUGCGGAUGCCUGUGGAGUCAUGAACAAUAACAUAGAGGAGCAGAGGCGGAACAGAAUGAGAGAGCUGCCCUCGGCUGUGCCCCGUGAUAAGUCCUUAAAGGGUCCGGGUGGGCCGUCUCUCUCCCCUAGUGAGGCCCCUGCCCCCAGCGAGGCAGAGGGUGCCAAGGGCGCAGGAGCGGGGCCGCAGGGUGACCAGGAGGCGGGCACUGGGACCUGGAGGGGCAUGCUGAAGAAAGGGGAGGAGGGGGCGCAGGAUGACAAGAGCAAGCCCCAGUCCUCUCUGCCAGCCAGCCCACAGAAGGGCCACGCAGUCAACCUGCUGGAUGUGCCUGUCCCUGUUGCCAGGAAGCUCUCCGCUAGGGAACAGCGGGAUUGUGAGGUCAUUGAGAGGCUCAUCAAAUCCUACUUCCUCAUCGUCCGAAAAAAUAUCCAGGACAGUGUACCCAAGGCCGUGAUGCACUUCCUGGUGAACCAUGUGAAGGACAGCCUGCAGAGUGAGCUGGUGGGACAGCUGUAUAAGUCCGGGCUGCUGGACGACCUGCUGACGGAGUCUGAGGACAUGGCCCAGCGGCGGAACGAGGCCGCAGACAUGCUGAAGGCCCUGCAGAAAGCCAGUCAGGUGAUCGCCGAGAUCCGAGAGACCCACCUGUGGUGAGGACCUCCAGCGUAACUUUCCGAUUGCCCAACUCUGUGUACAGGACCUCCCAGCGGCCAACUUGAAAAUGCACUGUCGUGAAUUGUUGUGUGUGUGGAAUAUAAUUUUAUUUACUGUACAGUCAAAACUACGGAGGCUAUUGCAUAUCACUCUUCACCUGUGUAAACACACCUUCCUCUUUGCCUAUGUCUGUUAUACACUAUGUAAGUAAGACCAGAACAUGUAACAAAAGAGCAUGUUCAACCUAGUAUAGUGUGGCUUACCAGGGAAUGUGCAUUGCAUAUAUAGCUUAAAUUAAAGCUGAAAAUACACAACUCAUCCAUGUUCUCUGGAUUGGUUGGUGUAAGCAUUAAGCACCAUGUUUGUCCAGCACUCACUUAGAUUGAAGCAUUUGGAAAUAAAGGAAUUGUCAUUUUUGCUACCAUCAAAGGCUUCCAUGUUGUAGAAAAUUUACAUCAGCAGAUCAGUGUGUGUACUUGAUAAAGGAUGCAUACAGACACUCAGUAAACAGCGAUCCGGCGACAGGAAGCUUAAGCACG